AUGGCUACGAUGCCGCUUUCCCACGACUCCAUAACCGAGAAGCAGCCGGUUUCGCAGCAGACUUCGAACGGGACUGGCUCCGGACGAACGUCGCUCAGCAACGCCGACCGCGAAGCCCUUUUGCAAGAUGCGCUCUACCCCGACGACAGUUACACCGCCAACGGUACCUACUGGGCUGACUGUGAGUUGUGUUCACUUUUCGUGGCUGCUCGGGAGGGCAUUCGUCGUUGCCGCACGUCGGUCUCGCGGUCGCGGUCGGCGUUGGCUGGGCCUUCCAACAGGCUCGCUCGGCCACCCUUCGAAUUACGCGCGCUGACGGGUCUAGCCUCCUCCGCACUCUGAUGCUCAUUCGCAGUGCCCAACGGUGAGCGGCGCAAGUGGAUCAAUGAAGAGAGCAACAAGGAGGCUCUCCGAGAACUCAAGGCUAUCGGUGCUUCGGCCAAGAUCGAUCCUCUGGCUCCCCUCGGCGCCUACUUCCGCAAAUAUGUCAGCAACGGUCAGUUCAAAAACGGUGUCGGCACCUAAGCAAGUCUUUUCGUCGACUUGCACCGAAAAGCUUGCCCGGGGUCCGCCCAAGACUACUGGAGACUGACAAACGCUCGCGAUGCGCAACGCCAUGAAUCGGAACAGGUAUGGGUCUUUUCGUCGAAGGCUUCGUCCUGUUCUCGAUUGGCAAUUUGCAACCGUUGUUCGCCGCCGUCUGGCCUCAGUGCUGGGGCAAGAAGCACCAGGUUUGCAACAAGAAUUUGAUCGCAAGUGUCACCUACCUCGAAAUCGUCGGUAUCAUCAUCGGUCAACUCCUCGUCGGUUGGGAGGCGGAUUUCAUCGGCCGCAAGUUCGGUCUUGUCCAGGAUGCCGUCGUCAUGUUGAUCGGUGUCAUCAUGCUCACCUCCGUGUGGGGCGCGACCCUCCAAGGAUGGGUCAUCGCCUACACCAUCUCCCUCUUCAUCUAUGGUAUCGGUGAGUGGCUUUCUGAGAGAGCGUCAUACCAUCAUGGAAGACCACCGGGAACUAACGCUGUAUGUGCUCUUCCCCAAUAAGGCGUUGGUGGUGAAUAUCCGACUUGCGGUACCCGUUCGAUCGAGCGCGACUUGGCCGGCCCGGAGGGUGCCCGUGAUGAUCGCUUGCACCGUGGUCGCAACGUAGUUUUAGCUUUCCUCAUGCAAGGUUGGGGACAAGUCUUCAAUCAGGCGCUUCUUAUGUUGCUCCUGUUCAUCUUCCACUCUGGCCGAACCGAACCUCCCUACUCCGAGAAGGCUGCCCAGUACACUUUCCGUGUAUCGUUUGGCAUCAUCGGCCUCCUUCACGCAUGGCUCGCCUACUUCCGUUACUACCACAUCAAGGACGCCGAUCUUAUUGUUCAGGCCGCCAAGAAGCGCUCCAACGUUUCCGGCUACGACACGGUUUCGCUCAAGCUCGUCUGCUCGCACUACUGGGGCCGUUUGAUCGCCACGGCUGCCGGUUGGUUCGCGACCGACAUCUUGUCAGUUCGGCUCAUUUCGCUUCGGUGGGAUGACGCUUCCUCUGACAUUCGUACUUCAUCUUGUCUGCCCAUAGCUUCUACGGUAACAAGGUCUUCCAAGGUAUCUUCAUCCAAAUCAUCAAGCCUGGAGCCUCGCUGUGGGUCACUUGGGAGUACUCUCUUCUUGUACGUCUUCGCGCUGCACACGCGCCACGUUUGCAAUACCCGCAGCUUUUGCUGACGUUGGUCCUGUUUGCUCGCGCCACUACAGAACGCUGUCGUCUCCAUGUGCGGUUACUACGUCGCGGCCGGACUCAUCGAUCACAAGCGCUACGGUCGCGUGAGGAUGCAACAGAUCGGUUUCGCCUUCAACUUUGUUGCCUUCCUCGCCUGUGCCAUCUGGUACGAUCAGCGUAAGUCUCUUUCUUGAAGGAACCGGUUUCUUGUGUGAUUUUGAUCCAGGUUGACUGACAUCCGCUGCUCAUCUCUUGGGCUCAUCAGUCCGCAAGCCUGGAGCUCCGAUCAAGAUGUUCCAGUUCUUGUACUUCAUGUCGUCCUUCUUCGUUCAGGUAUGUCAUCCGUCUUCUUCUCGCAAUCCUCUCGCAGGAUCCCCAGUUCGAUCUCGGCAUUGCAGAGGUACUGAUCGUUGUGCCUUCCCAUCUUGACAGUUCGGUCCUAACUGCACCACUUUCCUUGUCGCCGCCGAAGUAUACCCCGCCAAUGUGCGUGGUAGUGCUCACGGAUUCUCGGCUGCCUCCGGAAAGCUCGGAGCUCUCGUCCCCACUGUCCUUUACAACUACAUCGACAACCACACCAAGUUCUGGUUCGUGCCAUGGUUCGGUCUCAUUGGUGCCGUCCUCACCUGGAUGUUUUUGCCCGAUACGACUGGUCUUGAUCUUCGCGAACAAGAGCGAUACUGGCAGUGCGUUCGUUCGGGCCACCCCGAGGAAUACCACGGCAUCGCCGUCCACCCACGCCAUCUCAGUUGGUAUGAGCGCACCGUCCUUAAGCGUCAGGUUCACUACGACCCCGUCCAGGACCGUCUCGACCGCAUCGAGGAGCUGCGCAUCUUGUUCGAGUCGCACGUCAUCGCGCAGAACGACGAGUCUGGAGAUUCUGACGAGGUCGACCACGCCUUCAUCACGCCCAAUGUCGUCAAGUACUUCGAGUCCGAGGGUGACCUCGGCGAGAAGAUCCAGACGCAGAGCAAGAAGGAGCGAGCCUUGCACGAGAGCGCGCCUGACGUUCGCAUGCGAUCCAAGCUCCAUGAGCAGUUGGAGUAA